AUGGCGGCAUCGGAAUCACCAGCAUCGAGUGCCAUUGCCGUCACCUCACACGACACAGCACUCUGCAUCAUCCCUCCCAGCCACCUGUGGUCCUCCAUCGACAAGCUGAGAGCUUUAUACGACAAGGCCUUUGAGAAAUGGCCGCCUCACGUCAAUCUGGUUUACCCUUUCGUGCGUGUCGAAAGCCUAGAGAGGUCGGCCGAGUUGCUCCAGUCCGCCGUGCAGAGUUGGAAACAGCACUCGGCAGACGGGAGACUUCGCAUCCAGCUGGACUCGGCCGGCGUCUUCCCGCACAAACACGACAACACGAUCUACAUUCACGAUAGCGACGAAGACCGCAAUGCUUCUCUGCAAAGACUGCGGAGGGCCGUCUUGCACAGCCUCGGACAACAGGAUGCCAAGUACCAGAUGCAUCUGACUGUAGGCCAGUCUGACGAUCUAGAAGGAGACGCCCAUCAUUUUCUACUGGACAAAGUCGACUCUCUUCCCAGUAUUGAGUGGGAGGCUAGUGAAAUCGCGAUUUUAGUCCGCGAGCGCAUGCAGUUUGACGGCGCGGCCAAGAGCCAGAUGAAGCUAUGGGGCUCCAUCAGCCUGAGUGACGGAUCUCUCUCCCGGGCACAGCGUCCCGUCGGCUUCUAUGAACUAUCCCUCAAGGCAGAGGACAGUGACGAGGAAACGGCCGAGCGAGAUUCUUUGCAGAGCACCGGCCCUUAUUGUUAUAAUGAUAAUACAGGACUUUGGGAAGUCUAUCAACACGAGGUAGACGACACAACGUCCACGCCAGAGAGACUUGUCGUCGGCAGCUACAACGUCCUGGCAGAGUUCACCUGGCCCGUCUCACGUGUACGGUAUCCUCUGUUGAUCAAGAACAUUCUUGCCGACAACGCAACGGCGGAUGUUCUUGUUCUCCAAGAGGUCACCGACGACUUUCUAUCGUGUCUCUUGGACAACGAGGACAUUCGAGAUGCUUACCCCUUUGUAUCUCACGGCCCUCCCGCCCAGUCUGAUAUCGAGCCGCUUCCAAGCCUGCUCAACAUAGUGGUACUAAGCAAAUGGCCUUUCGACUGGGAAUGGGUCUCGUUCAAGCGAAAGCACAAAGGCUCGGUCGUGGUUCGAUUCGCUGACAUUGGUUUCCAAAACGAUGACGAGUUCGUCCCUGUCAUUCUUGCCGCGGUUCAUCUCACCCACGGCCUGACCGAUGGUGCGAUAUCGAACAAGAAGAUUGAGCUACAGCGCAUCUUGAAUUACCUCAGGAAAACAUACCCAGAGAACCCUUGGAUUCUAGCAGGCGACUUCAAUCUGUCGUCUUCAUCUUUCACCAUAGAAGCGGCUUUGAAGAAGAAAGCGAUUUCGGCCUUGACUUCCUCGUAUCUGGCCGGCUUUGACGACAAGUUCCAGGAGUUUGGCUUCAUCGACGCGUGGAGCACUGCCCGCCUCGAGUUUGGCGACUCCUCUGACACGGACGAAGUCUUUGAGGGUGAACAGGGUGCGACCUUCGACCCUACCGUCAAUGUCCUCGCAACCAAAAUCGUUGGCAGCGGCUUCAAUAAUCGUCCCCAGCGAUUUGACCGGAUUCUGAUCAGAGGACAGAGCCUACUCAAAGUCUCCCGGUUCAACAAGUUUGGCUUCCUCAUGGACAAACCGUCAACGGACGACACUGAAGAAGACGAGCUGGAGCCAUCCUUUGCAAGUGAUCACUGGGGUGUACGAUGCACUUUGAGAGUCGGGAGAGACCCGUCUGAGAAGCUGCCUGACGAGACAGACAGCCUAGUUGUUCCGGUCACGCUUACACCAGCUCCGGAGAGUCUUGCAAGUGCUUCUGAAUUGAGCGACACCUUAUCUACGCUGGACGUCUUCCCAUCAGAGGAGGAAGUCUACAGAAGGAAGAACGUUCUUAUUCUCUUGAAGAGCAUUAUCCUCGAAAGUGCGGCUGUCGAAAGUUCAGAUGGUUCCGCUCCCCAGAAGCGACUUAAGCAAUCCCUCAUCCUUGUGCCUUGCGGGUCGUACGGCCUCGGUGUAUGGACAUCCGACUCGGACAUUGACUGCUUGUGCAUUGGCCCUUACAGCUCCCAGACCUUCUUUGCCCUGGCUGUUCAGCGGCUUCGCAAGGCUGCAGAUCGCGGGGUCAGGAUCCUGCGACGAGUGAGAGCAAAUACGGGCACGAUGCUCGAGCUCGAGGUCCAGGGAGUCAAGAUCGACCUGCAGUACUGCCCUGCCACUGCCAUCGCCGAGAACUGGCCUACUGUGCUCAAGCUACCGCCCUCGCACCCGGUCUUCACUCUUUCGACGCAGACGUUGUCCAAGCUCAAGGCAGUGCGCGAUAUGGACUACAUCCGGCGCUCGGUCCCCGACCUGGCCAAGUUCCGCACCGCUCACCGGCUCAUCAAGGCGUGGGCCAGGUCGCGCGGGAUCUACUCGGCCAAGUUUGGCUACCUCGGCGGCAUCCAGGUCUCGAUACUCCUGGCCCGUGUCUGCAAGAUGCUGGCUCGCGAGAGCAAAGGCCCCGUCUCCGUCCCCGACAUGCUGACGACCUUCUUCAGCCACUAUGCGCGCUUCGACUGGAGACACAAGAUGGCCUUCGACCCCUUGUAUCACAGGCAACGUCUGCCGUACACCCGCACUGCCCGCGAGCCGCUGGCUAUACUGGGCUACUUCCCCCCGUCGCUCAACACCAGCCACGCGGCUUCCAUCCCUUCGGUGCGCACCAUCGCAGAGGAAUUCGGCCGCGCCAGCAACCUGCUCUCCGAAGAGGGCAUGACCUGGUCACGGUUUCUCUGCGGCGACACCAACGCCAGCACCACCCCGCCGUCGCCAGCCCUCCUCGACAGCGCCGGCGCCGUAAACUUCACCAGGGCGUACAAGUCCUACGUCAAGAUCGACGUGCAGUACUGGGGCAUCUCGCCCUCCCGGGGCGCCUCCUUCGUCGGCUGGCUCGAGUCCCGCUGCGUCAUGGUCCUCGUCGACCUCCAGCGCCGCCUGCCGGGCGUGCACGCGCGCAUCUGGCCCGCCCGCUUCGUCAGCGCCGAGGACGCCAAGCUCAUCACCGCCGCCGCCAGCAGCGGUGGCGACGACGACGACGAUAGCGCCGCCGCCGCCCCUUCGGCAGAGGCAAGCCGCGACUACCAGGGCUGCUACCUCAUCGGCCUCGAGCCCGCGUCCUCGCACGAGGACAACGCGACAACGACGACGACGGCGCGAGAAGACGCCAAGGUCGCGGCGGGCACGCUGCAGACGGUGCUGCACCGGUUCGAGGAGCAGAUCCGCGGCGACGACAAGUACUUUGACGCCAGGUGCCAGUGGAUGAGCGCCGAGGUCGUCAAGCGCGGCGACCUGGGCGAGCUGUGCGUCGACAACCGCCAGUGGGGCGGCGAGUACUCCCCGGGAGACGAGGAGGAGGAGGAUGAUGACGACGACGACGACGACCAGGAGGAAGGCGCCGAAGCGGAAGAGGCGUUCGAGGCUAGGGGUGGCGACAGCGAAGCGCGUGGAGGUACCAAGAAGGUCAAGAAGGGCGGCAAGAAGGCCACACCGCCGGCCAACGCUGUGGUUUCUCGCGCCGGAGGUUCUGGCAAGCUGAGGUCGGCACUCGAUGUGCUCAGCCGUCUGCGCUGGGACCCGAACCUGGACAGCAGCGAUUAUAUUGUUGGCUAUGAGGACAGGUUCACCGGGGCUAGAGAGAAGCCCCUGGAGCAGUGGAAGAGCGAGCAGACAGAUGAGGAGUUCAUCCCGCAGCACCGGGUCCUCUAUUUCAAGCGCCAAAGCGAUGGAGUCAUUGUAUGGGAGCGGAGGACCCGAAAGGAUGAGCUCUUUGGAAGUGGGAACUGA